UGAAGGAUUUUAUUUCUGUAAGACUUGUCCUUCCGAUGUGGAAUAGUGCUAACGCUCGAGAAUAUAGAUAACUCUGACUAAGCCAGGCGCUAUCUCUAUCGAAGGACUCCUAAAGCCCCAGAAUGAUACAAGACAAGUAAUUGAGUCCCCUCUAAGUGAAAUUUUGAAUGCAAAAAGUCUCCAUUUUCCAAAGAAAUUAGAGCUAAAAUAAAGAAUUAAGUACCAAACCCGAUGAUAGGAGUCGAAACAAUCUUUCAUCAAGAAAUAUUAUGAAGUUAUCGCCUAAGAGCAACAGUAUCAGCCCAAUGAGGUCUUACGACUACUUGGCGAAAUCAAAGGUGAACUUACUGAGAAAGUUUUGGCCGCAGAGACCCUUCAGGGAUAAAAGCUUAGCUCAGAUUCUUAAGAGUUCCAAGCGAUACUGCAACUACUCGAGUAAUAAGUUACACAGUGUUGCUUCCUUAAGAAACAACAGCAUUACUGUGUCCAUUGAUGAGGCUGAAUUUAAGAAACCAGAGAAGCAUUCUGCCAUCAGCAGAAUUAUUUACAGAAAUAAAAGAUAUAUCACUCAAAACCAGGUUAGCACCAGGGAAGCACCCAGAGAAGAACAAGUAGAGAGCCUCAGAGCUAAUGGAAAGGGCAAAAAGAUGUUUCGUAAAUUAUUGUACGAGAUGAGUGAGUUUUUACCAAGAAUCAAGAAAACUUUUAAGAAAGAGGUGACUCUUCAUACGAGCAGGUUUGAAGCAAGGAACAAGGAACUGGCUAAGAAGGUCUAGCUAAGAUUCUCAUGAAGAGAGGGAAAAUUAUAGUCAAAGAAGCAAAGAAAGCAUCUAUAAAGCGCAAGGCAGCCAAGAUCAAGCUUAAAAUUGAUAAAAAGUUGUUAU